AUGGCGACAAACUUUGACAUGAACGAUAUGACCGUUGAACAACUUAUGGCGCUUGGUGAAAUAAUUGAUGAUAGCGAUUAUGAGGAAAAUCUUGAGGAUGAAGUGGAGAAACUCUAUGGGGACAAGUUCUACCGUGUUGCACCUAAGGAUAAGGGAGAAAACCCCCUCAUGGAAGAACAACUGUUCAUUGAUGAAGGCGAUUGCACUACGGAUCCCAAGAGACCAAGGAGACUCCCGCUCAACUACAAGGGUAAGAGAGGAAUAAUGCCAACAUGGAAAUAUUCCGAGAGACAGAAGGCAAAGGCCCUACUAGUUGAGGAGGCGUACCAGAGCCUACUAAGUAAAGGAGUUGAAGGCCUGCCACCAACAAUGGGAGGUAGAUGGAGAACGGACGAUCCCCAGGUAAACGCGGAGAUGAAGAGGCUCGAAAACCUUGGGAAUCCCAAGCGUCCUAGAGGCAGACCACCAAAGGUUAAGGCCGAUAGUGAAGCCAAGGUCCCCAAAAGGAGAGGUAGACCACCAAAGGCUAAGGUAGCUGAAACACUAAAGGUUAAGGUCCCCAAACCACCAAAGGCUAAGGUAAGUAAAACACCAGAAGCUAAGGUCCCCAAAAGAAGAGGUAGACCACCAAAGGCUAAGGUAGCUGAAACACUGAAACCUAAGACUAGAAAACAAACAGUCGCGGAGAGGUUCAUAAGUCAGAACCGAAUAAAACUCUCAGUUCCCGCGGAUAGCGUUAUAACUCAGGUGGGACCAAAUAAGUUCACGGCGACUGUGGACCUCAGCAGAAAACCGACAAGGAAAGCUCCUGAGGUGCCAAAGGGUGUGGCUCCGUGGAAACCUAGGGAAAGACCAGUUCCCAAGCCUAGGACUGUAAUUCCUAGGGAAAGACCACUUCCCAAGCCUAGGACCAAAAAGCCAGUGCCUCCUCCAAAGUUAAGGAAGCCUGUGAAGGUAACUAGGGAAGUUGGGGAACAGCCGGUAGUGGUCGCACCAGAGGAACAUGAAAUCGAUCCUUUUGGAACAUACCUUGAGAAGCCAUCCUAUAGGAAAAUAGAAACUGCCGCAAAUGGUGCCGCUGUGACUUAUUCCAUAACUCCAAAUUAUAUGGAUCCCCUAGACCAGAUGACCGCGAGUAGGCAGGUGGUGAGGGGAAUAUUAGUAAAUGAGCUGAAGAGAAUGGGAGGUCUGAAAUAUACGGAAACCAUCAAGGUAAGAAUGUCGAAGGAAAUCGGAAAUGAUAAAACAAAGAAGGAUUCAAUAUACUUCAAGUCAAAAACAGGAACCGCAACCAACUUCGAGGACAUUGAAAGCACUGCCGCCCAGAACCAGCUGACAAUCUUAUCUAGAAUUGAAACCUUCCAGAACUUAGGUUCAAACUGGAUCAUAUUAAAUAUUGAGAGCCAUUACGUUAAUAUUGCGAUGUAUAAACCUCUAAAGGGUAGUUCAUAUAUGAAGUUACCCGCAGACAUCAGCAAUCCAAAAUGCGGCCUCAUAAAUAUGCAAAACAAUGACAAUAAAUGUUUUAUGUGGAGUCAUCUGAGACAUGUGAGACCCAAAGCUAGAAGAGCAACCACCAUUACACGACAGGAUAUGGAGUUCGCAGAAAACCUAGACUAUGAGGAAAUAGACUUCCCCGUGAAAAUAAGCGACAUUGAUAAAAUUGAGAGGAAGAACUCCAUAAGCAUAUCAGUGUUUGGCUAUAAGGGUAAGAAGCAGUUCUAUCCAAUUAGAAACUCCAAAACAAAAUAUGACGAGCAUAUGGAGCUGCUGUUGUUGGGUGACAACGAGGGUGGUAACCACUACGUUCUAAUAAAGGAUGUAAACAGAAUGCUCUUCAGCAUUAGCGGAAACUCAAACAAGAAACACUUUUGCUUACACUGUCUUCAUAGUUGCGUUAGUGAGGAGUCACUGGAAAACAUCGUGAAACAUGUAUUGAGGUAAAUGGAACUCAAGCCACAAAGCUUCCGAGUGAGGGUACAAAAAUAAAGUUCAAAAACCAUAGGAACUCAUUGCCCGCACCAUUUGUAAUAUACGCCGAUUUUGAGUCCAUACUAGUUCCAGAAGAGAGAAGGCUUGAUUCUGAAGACCCUGAGGACAAGAGUACUACAGACCUUUACCAAACCCACAAGGCCUGUAGUUUUGGGCUUAAAACAGUGUGCCACUACGAUGACCAGUACUCCGGUGAAUAUAUAAGCUACGUUGGUGAAGACGCCACAGUGGUCUUUUUGAAGACCGUACUGAAGGAGUCCAUUAAGUGCCGAGAGAUGGUAAAUAAAGUAUUCAAGAAAAAGAUGGAAAUCACACCAGAGCAAGAAGCUGAAUUCUGGAUGACAAGAAACUGCUCCAUAUGUGGCAACGACUUAGGUGAUGACAGAGUGAGAGACCACGACCACGUAACUGGAUUGUACCGUGGAGCUGCCCAUAAUAUGUGCAACCUAAAAUAUAGAAUCACAUGGAAAGUUCCAGUGGUCUUCCACAACCUAAGAGGUUAUGAUAGCCAUCUAAUAAUGCAGGAAAUUGGUAAGUUUAAGAUGAACAUCAACGUGGUCCCAAAUAACAUGGAAAAAUACAUUUCCUUCUCACUAGGUAAAAGUCUUGUGUUCAUUGACUCAAUACAAUUCAUGGCUUCUUCCCUGGAGGCACUUGUGAGUAACCUUUCACCUGAAGACUUCAAGAUAGUCGGUCAGCGGUGGCAAGGUGAGGACUUCGAUCUUGUGAGACAAAAAGGUAUAUUCCCUUACGAAUACCUGGAUGACAUAAGUAAACUUGAUACUGAGGGACUUCCAAGUAAAGACAAAUUCUACUCAUCUCUAUAUGAGUCUGAAGUGAAAGAAGAAGAUUACCAGAGAGCUCUAAAAGUCUGGGAUCACUUUAAGAUGAAAACAAUGAGAGACUACCACGAUCUCUACCUGGAGACUGACGUUCUUCUUCUAGCAGAUGUUUUUGAGAAUUUCAGAAGGACUUGUCUGGAAAACUACAAGCUUGACCCUGCUCACUACAUAUCAGCGCCAAGUCUAAGUUGGGACGCAUUCCUAAAACAGUCAGGAGAGGAAAUAGAAUUGGUAAGCGAUAUGGACAUGUUCCAGUUCUUUGAGAAGGGAAUGAGAG